AUGAAGACGCGACCUGCGGGGAUCGGUAAUGCCAAUGCCGACUGGAUGGCUUCGCUCCCCUCCAAACUCAGUGCCAUGCCCCUCAAACACCUCGCUGUGCCAGGGUCCCAUGAUUCUUUUACCUACUGGGUGGAUGUGCAUGCUCCCGUGGGGCCCGAUCAGAAGGCUUAUGUGCAAUAUCUGGCCACCAUGUUUAGUGUUUUAGCCAAGAAAGUCAUGGUGAAGUGGUCCAUGACCCAGAACCUGUCAUUUAAGGAGCAGCUGGAUGCAGGAAUUCGCUACUUUGAUCUCAGGGUCUCCUCCAAACCAGGCGAGCUUGGAAAUGAGAUCUACUUCAUCCACGGCCUUUUUGGACACAAGGUGAAGGAUGGCCUGGUAGAAAUCAACUUCUUCCUAAGCAGACAUAGGAAAGAGGUGGUAUUCUUAGACUUCAACCACUACUAUGCAAUGGGACCAGAGCACCAUGUCUACCUUAUCAGCAUGCUCCAGGAAGUGUUUGGCAGCAAGCUUUGUAACAACUGUGCUGUGGAGAGCAUCACUCUGGAUUUCCUCUGGGAGAAGAAAUACCAGGUAAUUGUUUUCUACCAUCAUCCUUCAGCUGAGAACAUCCCUGUCAUGUGGCCUGGCAACAAGAUCCCUGCUCCCUGGGCGAACACCACUCAACCCAACAAGCUCAUACAGUUCCUGGAAACCACACUAAAGAGUAGGGCCAAGCAGGGCUCCUUUCAUGUGUCCCAGGCCAUCCUCACACCCAAGCCCAACACUGUGGCCAAGGGCCUGGUCUGGGGGCUACGCAACUACCUGGUGGAGAGACACCUACCAACCAUCAUCUCCUGGGUUGAGGAACAGAGGCCAGGGGUGGACGGGGUCAACAUCAUCACCUCUGACUUUGUGGACCUAACUGACUUUGCCAACAUUGUCAUCAAACUGAACAACCUGCUGUUGAGUGAACAGGACCGCAAACCAAGAUGA